AUGGACCCCGCUUACCGUGAGGCGCUUACAUGGGAAGAGUUUAAGGAGGAAGUGUACGACAAGUAUGUUCCCAUGAGUUACAGGCGAGCAAAGAUUGUGGAGUUCCACACCCUGAAGCAGGGAAGUAUGACGGUCACGGAGUACGACCGCGCCCUACGUGAGAUGACCCAUUAUGCGCCAGAAUUGGUGGACACAGACGAGAAGAUGGCUGCAAAGUUUCGUUCUGGCCUUAGACCCGAGAUAAGGGCAGCUGUGGCCAGCCGCAGGGGAGAUCCUUAUUCCGAGGUGUUGGGCUGUGCCUUAGAUGUGGAAGAAGCACUGCCCUUAGAUGUGGAAGAAGCACUGCCCAAGAAUGAGAGGGCAAUAAAUCCUACACCACCCGCACUCCCAUCCAACUAUCGAGACAAGAGGAAGUGGGAAGGCAACCGAGCCCCUUUUGACAACAAGCGGCGUUUUCCCACUUUUCGGCAUCCGUAG